AUGGGUCUCUCUCUCUCUCUCUCUCUCUCUCUCUCUCUCGUUCUUGGAUACCACCAGCAAGGGAAGAAGAACUGGUGGCUGCCCCCACCUCUGCAACUCCCUUCCUCCGUUAUUUUCUUUCCCGUCGAUCAAAUAGCCCAAACACCCUAUGUUCACUUCGUGUGCUACCCACCUCCACAGCCGUCAACAAAAGGGGAAAGCAGCCGAGAGGAGCAACGGAGCAGCCAUAUUGCCAUCACCAUCGAUGCUUCAACCAUCUUUGAGCCUGUCACCGCCUUCAGCUCCUGCGCUUCUUCUGUCUUAGAAAGAAUCAAAAAGGGGUUGCUGCCUCCGAUGUUUGCUCCGAGGAAACACCCACUUCGGUGGUGGGUUUAG